AUGUGGUCAGCCCGUGCUAUUUCGCUCAUCCUAGCCAUCAUGAUCAAGGCAGCUAGCCUCCUGACUGCGUUGUUUGCUGUUGUCCAUGCGCUUAGUGAAGAAGACCGUAGGAGCAUUCUUGAACUUCACACAGCAGCUCGUGAGCAAGUGCGCCCACCUGCUUCCAACAUGAUGCUAAUGAAAUAUUCUCCAAGACUGGAGAAUUUGGCAGAAAGAUGGGCUAGGCGAUGCAGGUACGCACACACGGACCCACAACAACAUCCAGAAUAUAGGGGUGUUGGACAGAAUCUUGCCGCUUCUGGAGGUUUAGUUCCAACAGUUAGGUGGCUAGCGAAUAUGUGGAAGGCAGAAGUGAAAUAUUACACUUACUCCAACAACUCCUGCAUUCCUUUUAAGGUCUGCGGACAUUACACGCAGAUGGUUUGGGCCGACUCAACUGAACUCGGCUGUGCAAUCAAUCGUUGCGACAGCAUGCUUCCAGCUUGGCGUCCACCAGUAUAUUAUUUGGUUUGUCAGUACUCUCCUGCGGGCAAUUUCAUAGGGCGUAAGCCCUACACUGAAGGAGGAUCCUGCACCAAAUGCCCAACUGGUUACGACUGCACUCACAAUCAAUGCUGGAGCAGAUAA